AUGGCUAUCUUUGAUGGAGAGCAGCUGAUCUUCGAGGAGAGUGACUGGGUCAUCGUGAACUUCUUCCGCAUGCUGUGGAGAUACGGCCUCAAUUUCUUGCGCAUGCAGAUGUGGGUGGAGGGCGUGCUGGACAAGUUCAUGAGAAUCUACCAGUACCAGCAAUAUGGCUACUCCUUCACCUCGAUGGAAAAACUUCUACAUGCAAUGGGUGGAGACGAAUUCCUCCAGAUGGUUAAUAAGACCCUGGAGGAGGCCAUGCUAAAGGCGGGGUUUUCACAGAGCUUUCUGAACGACAUUGUGGUUCCGGUCACACGUGUCAACUACGGGCAGAGUGUCCGCAUCAACGCCUUUGUAGGUGCUGUGUCCCUGGCGGGGGCAGAUUCGGGGCUGUGGGCCGUGGACGAGGGGAACAAGUUGGUCUGCUCUGGGCUCCUGUACCACAGCAAAGCCGAGCUGAUCUCUGCACGGGUGACGGGUAUCACCCGAAAGAUGCGGACUUCCAAGGCGGGUGGAACAGUGCCUCAAUUCGAGGUCAGCUACAAUGGGGAGUUUGGCUCCGCCUACUCUUUGUAUGACAUUGUCAUCGUGGCCACGCCUCUCCACCAAGGUCUCUCCCAGAUCGCUUUCUCGGGCUUCUCUCCGCCAAUCCCUUCUUACUUUCCAGGACGCUACCAGCAGACAGUCAGCACUCUGGUCCACGGCAUCCUCAACAUGUCAUUCCUGGGGAGUACCGAGAGCCCCUCGGACUUCAGGAUGUCCGAUAUCCUCACCAAAGACCAUGGCGGUCUGGCUAUCAAUAGUCUGAGCUCCCUCGACCCAGUCCACAUCCCGGACGGCUACGUCCGUCCCCCAGCUAGUGUCAAGAAAGUGUGGAAAGUCUUUUCUCCCCAACCACUUUCGAAGGACCAGCUCAGGCAGAUGUUCCUCUCCUGGGACAUGGUAUCAGAAGAGCCGUGGCUGGCGUACCCCGCCUACAGCCCUCCCCACCGCAAGCCGCCGUUUAUCCUGCACGAUCACCUGUACUACCUGAACGCAAUAGAGUGGGCGGCCAGCGCCAUGGAGAUGAGUGCCAUCGCAGCAAGGAAUCUGGCCUUGCUGGCACACCAUCGAUGGCAUGGUCUGCAGGGCAAGGUGGACCAGGAGGACCUGCAUAGCAGACUAAGGAGCGAGCUGUAG